AUGGAGAUGGGGGGGGGUUGUUUAAUUGAGGUGUUGUUUGUGGGUGUGUGGGGGUUUAUGGUGUGGGUUGGGGGUUUGGUGUGGGUGGUGGGGGUUGGGUUGUAUGUUGUGGUUUUUGUGGUGUUGGGUUAUUUGGGUUGGGUAUGGGUUGUUGUGUUUUUUUUAUGUGGGUGUUUUGGGGUGUUGUGUUUGGUUGGGUGGGGUGAGGUGGGGGUUUGUUUUUUGGUGUUGUGUUUGUGGUUGUGGUGUGGUUGUGGGUGGUUUGGGUUGGGGUUUGAGAUGGUGUGGUGGGUUUUGUUUGUUGUGUAUGAGUUGUGUGGGGUGGGUAUUUUGGUGGGGGGGUUGGGGGGGGUGGGGGGGGGUGAUUUUGUGGGUGUUAUGGGUGUGGGUUUGUGGUUGGUGGGGGGUGGAGUGGGUUUGUGGGUUUGUGUUUUUGGGUGUUUGUUGGGGGUUGUUAGGUGGGGGUUAUUUAGUGAUGUGGGGAUGGUGUGGGAUGUGGUGGGGGGGUGUGUUGGAUGGUGGGUUGGGGGUUGGGUGUAA